AAUAGAAAAAACUGAAAUUAGUCAAUUAAAAUGUGAGCAAAAAAAAAAAUCUACAUUUCUAUGGAUAUCCACGUAAACACAACAGCAAGUAGAAAUAGAGGAGCUAUUGAACAUGAUGUCAUGUGACCAAGAAAGCCAAAAGAAAAUCACUGGUCCUCUUUUUGAUGUUUUUUUUUUCAAUUGCAGUCCAGAUGCAAAAGUUUUAUUACGGAGUAGAAGGGUGAAAUAUUUUUCACAGACUGGAUAAGGCCUGUGUCUCAUUUUAAAUGUCAGGACCCUCAGAAUUCUAACAAUAAAGUGUGGAGCUACUUUGAGCUUCUGAAUUUCUUAAAACAGUGAUUUCUUUGCAUGGGCAACUCUAUUCCCCUAUCACUAGAAAUGUGAGCCUGUUGGGAGCAUCGGCUAAAAGCGCUGCAUUUUAGAAUGCUGGGGAUGAAUAGAGGUGGACCAUUAGACAACAGUUUGCACUUAUUGUUGUUACACUACACUCCAAUCCAUUUCACACUGGAGUUCUCCUUUCACAUUCUGACAUUUAUAAUUUCUCUGUGCCAUAUACAAUGGUACAAUUAGUCCAUGAUUGUUCUCUCCACCAACUGCCUGACCCCCUGCGUUUAAUAACGUCAGAAAAACUCUCCCACAUCCACCAAUAAGACCUAGGACAGGAGAGGCUGGCUCAGAGCUAUGAAGCAUUAAGAUCUCACCACAAAAUUUACCCUCCGCUUAAAGCCUCGGGCAAAUGUGAGUUGAGUCGGAUGUUCAAAUAUUGAUGAAGCAGUUGGAUGUCCAAUCUAUCUCUCACAAGAGAUGGACACUGCAUCCCUGGAGCGCGCGUAACUGGAUUAAUUAAACCCUUUCCAUCUACUGUUACAUGUAGUCUGAAAGAGUCUCGUUCAGUAAAGGCUGUGCUCCUCUCUCUCACUCCCUCACUCACUAAAAGAGAUGGCCAUCAACACGGACGCCACUCUGGAGACAGGAGUCCUGGGGGAGAGCGGCGCGCCGCAGCCCGGGGACUUUGGAGACACUCAGAAACUCCUGGGCGUCUCGGGCUCUAAGGAGGGACUGGGAGCUCCCGAGUCCCGCAGGGGAAGUGUAAAGAGCCUAAACGCGGAGCAGAAUGGACAGAGGUCCCCGUUUAAAUCCGGAUCUACGGGAAACAUCAGCAACCUGGCCCCGUCCCCCCUCAGCCUGAGCCGCGUCUCCUCCCCGGGUCUGACCGCCAGCGCAUCCGAGCCGCAAAGCUUCAUGUGGCUGGCCGUGCUGUCCUGCUUCUGUCCGGCCCUCCCCUUCAACAUUUUUGCCCUGUACUUCGCGCACGCGUCACGCUCCAUGAUCCAGACAAAUGACUUUGAAGGGGCAAAAAGGCUGGGACGAAGAUCAAUGCUCUUCAGUAUCAUAGCCAUGGCUUUGGGUCUGGGUGUGAUCCUUUAUCUGGCGAUAACAGAGAGUUGAUAUUUUGCAUUACGAAACACCUUUACACCAUCAAGGAUCUAAUGGGCAUGGCAUGGUCAUCUAGGACAAGCAGAGUGCUCAAGAUCUACAAGGAAAUGAAUGAAAUAACAUUCACUAAAAAAUCAUGAUGCAUCAAAUCAUAUUGUGGACAGUGCAUACCAUCCAUUAUUAAUAUGGAUUUCCUAUGCAUGGUCGGCUCCAUUUGUAUUCUCUGAGGUUGCAGAGGACAUCUACUACAGGAGAUUCAUGUUGAGGGGAUUUAUCAUCUCCCAUUGUCAUGGAUAUUUUGCAACACAACGGGAAUUGUGUUAUAAAACUUUACAAAAAACAAGGCCAAAAAUAGCUUAGAAGAGAGAAAUAAACCAAAAGCCUAAAAAUUAAGGGUCCUCAAAGUCAUCAAGAGUAAAAGCAAAAAUAUUUUUUACUGAAACUUUAUUUCUCUGUAUCUGAAUUUGUAUCCUUUAUGUUUUAUUUUACUCUUUUGUAUCUACUUUCGCAUGUGGCAACAAGCUGAAAAUGAUUUUUCUUAAAGCUGUAGGUUUUUAAAAGACAGGAGAUGCUUAUGGAAACGGUCUUGUUUUUGUUUUAUAUUGAAUAUCUGCUAUUGUAGCAGUUAAGAACCACUUUGUUAAAUUUAUUUUUUUAUAUUGCAAAUCAUUACAGCCACAGAAGAUAAUUUGUUUUUUUUUAGCAGCAUUACAACUUUAAGAGCAAAUCAGAUUAAAUCUGAUAUGCAGUUGAAAAAUCAACAUUGCCAUUAUUAUUUUAAUUUAAAUGUAAAGAAUAUUGUGCAUUUUAUUGAUUUGGAUGCUCUGUUAUAUGCUUUUAUUAAAAGGCUGAAUGCUAGUGUAAGAAAGUUUGCAUUCUGGGCAGUUUAGGUAAUUUGUCUUAAUGAGGAGAUUAGUGUUGUGUCUUUUUUCAGGUUUGAGUAAUGAUAUAUGCACAUGCAGUGUUAAUGUAUGCAGCACAAAAGAAUCUAAAAUGCACGAAAGACAUUGUACCGGUUUGAUUUUCAAGCAUUGUGGAAAUGUGACCUUUGCUGUCAAGGUGCCAUAUUACCACAUUCCUUGCAUGUCUUUGAUUAAACAUGCCUGGUGAACUGA